AUGGAUCAGGCGCUCAAGGACGGGCCCAACUCGAUGGCGACGGUCGAGGCGAUGCAUUUCACGAUGCGGCUGUGGACCCAUCUGAUGCAGGACCUGGCCGAACCGGAAAACGAACUGCCCGACGAUCUGCGCGCCAGCCUGAUCUCGAUCGGCAUCUGGAUCCUCAAGGAGGCCGAUGCGGCCAACGAACGCGUCUUCAUCAAUGGCGCGGUGCUGCGGGCCGACCGCAAGGUCGGCAUCGAACUGCUCAACGAUGUCGACUUCCUGCUCGAAAACCACGUGCUGCAGGUCGAGCACGCCGACACGCCGCUCAAACAGCUCUAUUUCAUCAUCCAGAUCAUGCUGAUGUCGCCGUCCGAAAAGCCUGCGGCAGCAAAGCUUUACAAGGAUUCGGUCAAGGCGCUGCUGGCGACUUUCGACAGCGCCGAGGUGCUCAACGGCCUCAAGCAGAUCGAUGUGAUGAUCGCCGAGGAGCGCACCUUCGAGGCGCUCAAGGCGCUGCGCGCCCUUUUUGAGGUCGAGGAUGAAGCCAUGACCGACGUCAGCGCAGUUACAGGUGUCCAGGGAACGACCGGCACAUCGCAGACCGGCAGUGCCCAGACGGUGGACUAUGACGCCUUCCUGAAGCUGCUGACGGCGCAGAUGCAGAACCAGGACCCCACCGAGCCGAUCAGCGACACCGAAUACAUCGCCCAGCUUGCGUCCUUCUCCAAUGUGGAGCAGUCGACCAAGCUCAAUGACAAGCUUGACUACCUGAUCCAGAUGACAUCGUUCCAGCAGGCCGGCUCGCUGAUCGGGCGGACGGUGACAUCCGCCGACGGCCUGACCUCUGGCACCGUGGCCGAGGUGAAGAUCCUCAGCCAGGGCACCGUCGCCAUUCUCAGCGACGGCACCGAAGUGCCGGUGAGCGCGGGCCUGACCGUCAGCUGA